AAAGCAACACGAACGAUCUGCAGUGAAGUGGUCUGGCCUGUACCUAUUGACCCCAAAAGUGAUAAAGUAACUUGUACUCUACAUGUUUAUGCGAAAGCUGAUGUUUAUGGCGUUAUAAACAAGGAACAAUGUUGUGAUGUGAUACUAUUCGAAUUCGUCCCCUUUAGAUAUUUGUAACACGAUGUUGUUAAAAGGAAAUCGGAUGUUCGCCCUAAUACUAUUACUGGUCGGAAAUGCUAACGGACUAUUCCGAAACUUCGAAGCAUUGAAGACGGUAGUGAAUAUCGGCGCAAUAUUCCCACCGAACACAGUAACGGAAGUGGCAUUCGCGUCCGCCCUCGCACGUGCCUCCAUGGAAAGUGAGCGCUACCAUUUCGUCAUGAAAGUCGUGUAUGCUCCGUAUGGCGACAGUUUCGCAGCAUCCAAAGCCACGUGCGAGUUGAUAUCUAGUGGAGUGAUUGCUGUAUUCGGGCCCAGUGACCCGGUUUCCGCGUCGGCUGCCGAAGCGCAAUGUCGUGCAGCCAGGAUUCCUCAUAUACAGGCGACAUGGCGACCCCCUCCACCUCGGGGCACCGAGCGUCCGAGCCCUCCUGGCAUCAAUCUGUACCCUGAAGCUGUGGCUCUAUCAAAGGCCGUUGCACUUUUUAUAAAAGACAGCGAUUGGGACAGUUACACAUUGCUUUACGAUGAUGAUUAUGGACUAAUAAGACUUCAAGAAAUAUUAAAACAUGCUGAUAAGAAUGUUAAAUGGCAUGUGAGGAGACUGAUACCCGGCGAAGAUAACCGACCAAUUCUAAAAGCAUUACGAGCUCUUGGUGAAACACGGGUUAUUCUCGACUGCCAUGCCGAUAGAAUUCUUAAUUAUCUACGCCAAGCUAACGAAGUAAAAUUUUUCGAAGAUUACAUGAGCUACGUGCUUAUGUCUCUCGAUGCACAUACGUUGGAUCUUGCGGAGCUGCGAUACGGUCUCUCCAAUGUAACUUGCUUAAGAAUUUUCGAUCACUCCGAUUCUAGAACACGAGCUUAUUUAGCUGACUGGAAAGUGAGAGCUUCUGCUGAUGUUAAUGUACCAAGCCAAACACAUGAAAUCACUGUUGAAGCUGCUUUAGCUAGUGAUGCCGCGAGACUUAUAAUAGAAGCAGUAGAAAGUGCCCCUGAAGAGUUCAAAAUAGAAGCACAGCCAAUAAAAUGCGGAUCUGAAGACAAAUGGACCGUAGGAGAAGAAUUUACCGACCACCUACUGACUAAUCCUAUUGUUGGAAUUACGGAUAAAAUAUCUGUUGAUAAUACAACGGGGGAACGGGUAAAUUUUAAUGUUGAAAUAUUAGAAUUAUCUAAUAGCGGGUUUAGUAGCAUUGCGAAAUGGAACGCCGAGACUAACUUCGUUUACGUAAGAUCGGCUACCGAAGUUUCCGAACGUUUAGCGGAAAAAUGGCAAAAUAAAACAUUCAAAGUAGUAACGCGCAUCGGAGCUCCGUACCUUAUGGAAAAAUCUGCAAAAGAAGGCGAAGUUUUAGUUGGCAAUGAUCGAUACGAAGGAUAUUCAAAAGAUUUGAUACACGAAAUCCUAAAGGAAACGCUACACUUGAAUUACGAAUUGGAAAUUGUGCCCGGCAAUACUUAUGGGUCUUAUAGCAAAAGUAAAAAUAAAUGGGAUGGGCUCAUAGGACAUCUUCUAGAGAGGAAAGCUGACUUGGCAAUAUGUGACUUAACAAUAACUUACGAACGAAGAUCUUAUGUGGACUUCACGACACCUUUUAUGACUUUGGGCAUCGGUAUAUUAUAUACAAAACCCAUCCCUCCAGACCCAGAGCUAUUUUCAUUUCUCAAGCCUUUCUCAGUUGAUGUAUGGAUUUAUAUGGCGGCGGCAUAUUUAAUGGUUUCGUUAUUACUGCAUAUUUUAGCUAGAUUGGCUCCCAACGAUUGGGAAAAUCCUCAUCCAUGCGAUAAAUCUCCCGAGGAGUUGGAGAAUAUUUGGCACAUUAAAAACUCUUGCUGGCUUACUAUGGGUUCCAUUAUGACUCAAGGAUCCGAUAUAUUACCCAAGGGCUAUUCUACGCGAUGGGUCUGCGGGAUGUGGUGGUUCUUUGCUCUGAUCAUGUGUUCAUCCUAUACAGCAAAUCUAGCUGCUUUCCUCACUAAUGCAGCUAUGGACGAUUCUAUAAAAAGCGUAGAAGACUUAGCUAUGCAAACGAAAAUUAAAUAUGGAACUUUACUUGGAGGCUCUACAUACUCUUUCUUCAAGCGUUCAAACGUCUCCACAUAUCAAAGGAUGUGGGCCACUAUGGAAUCAGCCCGACCGUCAGUUUUUGUUAAAAAUAACGAGGAAGGGGUUGACAGAGUUUUAAAAAGCAAAAGGACUUACGCUUACCUAAUGGAAUCGACUGCUAUUGACUACCAACUGGAAAGGAAUUGCGAGUUAAUGCAAGUCGGUGGCUUACUCGACUCAAAAGGCUAUGGAAUCGCUAUGCCAUUUUAUUCAUCAUAUCGCACGGCGGUCGAUAACGCAGUUUUAAAAUUAGCGGAAAGUGGAAAGUUAGUCGAAAUUAAAAACCGAUGGUGGAAAGUGUCCAAAGAAAGUAAAGUUUGCGUUGUGGAAACAAAAGGUGACGACACAAGUGCAGCGGAGCUAGGCGUCGAUAACGUGGGUGGUGUGUUCGUGGUGCUGGGCGCUGGCUGCGGAAUGGCCGCCGCAAUGGGAUUAUUCGAAUUCCUUUGGCACGUGAGAGAAGUUGCUAUAGAGCAAAAGAUGACACCAGCCGAAGCAUUUUGGGCCGAAUUGACAUUCGCACUGAGUUUCUGGGAGACCGAGAAGCCAGUGAAACACUCGCGCCCUUCGUCCUCUGCCUCAGGGUCUAAUGCUGCGUCCAGAGCCUCAUCAGUACUGCGUUCUGCAGCAGACUUGUUCCAUCUCGACAUAUUCGCUAAUAAACAGUCCCCUACUGACACCAUUCACGUGGACGGCAAACGGCGCGAGGGCCGCAGAUACACUGUCUGGAAGUAUUUUCGCAACUAUUUAUUCAUACAUUUAAAUCUGUUGAACAAAAUGUGGCAAUUGUUAAGUGUGUUGUGUUUUUUUAUACAUAAAUGCAGUGCGGCGUAUGUUUAUUCUGAAAGUACUGAAAUCGCUUAUCAAAUAGCUGGAAUAUUUGAGCCGGUGGCAUUAACUCAGCAAUAUGCGUUCAGCGAGACCAUGCACCACGUGCACCUGACGUCCGUGCGCCUGCAGCCGUCGAUCAUCCAGCCAUCACGCACUGACAGCUACUCUACCUGGAGGAACAUGUGCACAAAUCAAGGAAUGCGACCCGUCGUUAUAUUUGGUCCACAAAACUCAAUAUCGGACGGUGCAGUACGCGACCAAUGUGCUAUUGCAAAUAUUCCGCAUAUACAAGCUACGUGGCAACCCUACGACCCAGAUCUUGAUAUAGAAGAAACAGAAACCGAAAAAGCAGACGAAAAUGAAACAGAAGCUCAAGACGAAGAUGAAGAAGAACCUAAAAGCGAAUUCAAGAAAAUAUCCAUUAACUUCUAUCCUAAUUCAGAAGAAAUAUCCCUUGCUUACGGAAAACUGCUGAAAUAUUACAAAUGGGAAAAUUUCGCGGUUCUUUAUGAGGAUAAUUAUGGGUUGCAACGAGUGCAAAAAAUUCUUGCCGAGCACACAGACAGGUAUCCCGUAACUGUCCUCAAACUCGAUCCUACCGGGGAUAAUCGAGAGAUUUUCAAAAGAUUGGUCACGAGCCGCGAAGAUCGUGUUUUAUUAGACUGCCAUGUGGAUCGCGUCCUUAAAUAUAUGGAAGAAGCUGCAAACUUUAAAAGACUCAACCACUAUCAGCACUACACCUUAGUAACAUUAGACGCAGCCAUUGUUGCCGAAACUUUAGUUAAAUUACCGAUAAACAUAACAUGGCUAAGUAUGACGGAAUUUGAGAAACUAACGGAUGCACAACAUUACUUAUCAUCAAGAGUCGGCAAAUGGAAAGGCCCCAUUCCUGAUCGCUCCGUGUCUGUCAUCGAUAUGAAGACGGAUGAGCUUAUAAUGGACGACGUUGCUAAUCAUAUUGUUAAGGCGCUUGAAUCGAUUGAGGGAUUGGAAAAACCGGAAAAUUUCGUUUGUGACAAUGAAGCAGAUCCCUGGCCAUUUGGAAUCCCAUUACAGCAAGCUAUAUUAGACACGAAAACGAUCGGAGUCACAGGCAAUAUAGAAUUUGAUGAGACAGGCCAGAGAGUAAAUUAUACCCUUUAUGUUAACGAAAUAUACAUGUCCAAUCGAUUAACAAUCGGCGAAUGGGCGUCAAACAACGGAAGUGAAAUUAUAGAAACCAGACAGAGCACUAUUAGAGCUGAAAAUAAACAAAGGAAAAAUUUUAUUGUGAUAUCUCGAAAACAAAAACCUUACUUUUCUGACAAAGUUUUGUGUAAUAAAAGCGACGUUAAUUGCAUUGAAGAAACCGCUGAUGAGAAUUACGAAGGAUUUUCAGUAGACCUCGUUAAAGCCAUAUUCGACAUACUUAAAGAAGAAAAGUUCAACUAUACAUAUGAGUUUAAAUAUGACAAAAAAUAUGAACAAGGAUCGUAUGAUGCAAAGGAAAAGAAAUGGUUUGGAGUGAUGGGUGCCAUACUGGAUAAGGAAGCGGACCUUGCAGUUUGCGAUUUGACAAUUACCGAAGAAAGGAAAAAAGUCGUUGAUUUUUCAGUACCAUUCAUGUCGCUAGGUAUAAGUAUAUUAUUCACUCAAGAACGAAAAGUGGCUCCUCCAAUGUUUUCCUUUCUUAAUCCAUAUACAAUUGAUGUUUGGAUGCAUACCGCAACAGCGUACUGUGUGGUCUCUAUUAUCCUCUUCCUUUGUUCAAGAAUAUCUCCAGCUGAUUGGGAAAAUCCAGAGCCUUGUGAGAAAGAUCCGGAAGAAUUGGAAAAUAUAUGGACAUUCAAAAACUGUACUUGGUUGACAAUGGGUUCCAUCAUGACUCAAGGAUGCGACAUCUUACCAAAAGCAAUUGGAACCCGUUGGGUGUGUGGGAUGUGGUGGUUCUUUGCAAUGAUUGUUUGUCAAACAUACAUUGCCCAGUUAUCGGCCUCUAUGACAGCUUCCAUGGCAGAUGAACCUAUCAACAACGUGGAGGAAUUAGCCAAACAAUCAAAAAUAUUAUAUGGUGCCAUACAGGGAGGAUCGACGCUGGAUUUCUUUCGAACUUCCGAAGAUAAAUUAUUCCGACGUAUGUUUGAAACAAUGGAGGCUAAUCCGGCAGUUUAUGUGACCACCAACGAUGAGGGCGAGCGAAGAGUACUUAACAAGAGACACAAUUACGCAUUCCUUAUGGAAUCAUGCGCUAUAGAAUACAAACUGAAAAGAAAAUGUGAACUUAAGAAAGUUGGCGGUGAACUAGACAAUAAAUAUUAUGGAAUUGCGAUGCCUGCUAAUUCUCCGUUUAGGACACAUAUAAACAGAGCAAUUUUAAAACUCCAAGAAUCAACUGCUUUGGAUAAGAUUAAAAAGAAAUGGUGGGAUAAGAAGGACGGCGCAAACAAUUGUGCGUCGCCAGUCGACGUCAACGAUGUGGAAGGUGAUCUUGAACUGGAGAAUUUAAUGGGUUUAUUCGUAGUUCUAAUUGUAGGACUCGUGUUUUGCCUCUUUAUUACCGCCGCCGAAUUCCUGAACGAAGUGCGCAAUAUUGUAGUACGCGAACAGGUGACUCAUAAAGAAGUUAUUAUAAAGGAACUGAAGGCAUCAUUGAACUUCUUUCAACUACAAAAACCUGUGUUACGGAAUCCAAGCAGGGCGCCUUCUCUGGCGGGCUCGAGAAGAAGUUCUAGUAGCAGCACCGAGCGUAGUGCUAAACACUUUAAUAACAUAGAAAACUUUCUUGCAUUUGAAAAAGAAAUACAUUAAAAAACAAAUAAAACAUGUACUGGUAUAAUCAUACGUAAACUAACAAUGUUGAUAUAUAUGUAGAUAGUUUUAGACUUAUAAUUAUGUUAUAAAACUUGACGUAUCACAUAGUUAUAAUAUGUAUUAUGCGUUGACUUAUAUUCUCUGUAUUAUGCAUUAAUAUAUGUAAAACAAAAUAGAUCCUACAAAGUCACAGCUGGACUUUGCCAUAGUGCAUAAAUAGGCACAUAAAAAGGAUACAAAACAUCAAAUCAACUUCGGGAUUACUUACAAAUACAAAUGGCGAUCUUAUCCCUUACCCGUGACGUCUUCCCGACAAGCUUUAAGGGAAUUAGAUUCACUUUGUGUAUGAUGUUUUCGCUGCGAAGCAUUUACGUCUUUAAAGUCGAUUAGGAAUUUCGAAAUAAAACUAGUUUUCGCUUUUACUUGCGGAUUUUUAUAUUACAAUUUUCGGACUAACGUUUCGAAGACUUUAUAGCCUUUAUGGUCACGGGGCAGCAGGUGUAGGUCGUCUGAAAAAUCAACCUUAGAAUAUCUACUUAUAUAGUAGAAUUAUAUGUUUUUAUUUUAUAAAUUACUGAUAUUGACUUUCCGAUCUACGCAAAAUGAGCUUACACUGCCUUGAGGUCUGACAACCAGUCUUUGGGCUCAGUAAAAUUAAUUAUAUAAUAGGAUCCCAGGCUUUUGCUAGCUUCCAGCCAUUUUUUCUAUUAAAAUGUGGAUAUUUUUUAAUUUCAAUAAUUUAAAUAUUAUGACCUUUUUUUAAUAGUAACAAUAUCACUUUAAACCUUUACUGGAUAUAGACCCUUAAUCUACUCACAAUUAAUCCCAUGAGAUCAUCUACUCAUUUUUAGUUAUGUAUAAAAUGAUAAGUAAAGUUAGGUGAAACGCAGCGUACAUUGUUACAAUGAAUCUCUAUCACGAGCGUCCAAUUUAUAUACCAUCGACGCCAUUACCCUAUCACCCGCAUCACGUUCAACGUCAACUUAGAACGGAUAAACUAAGGUCAGCUUAAACUGGUCUAAUAGACUCCGUUUGAGAUUUCCGCACGACGGAGUUCUAUGCGGGCGGGAACGCAGGUAAAUAAUUGUAUAAUGAUACGUCAUAUAUUAUGUACAUAUUACACGCUACCCCGAAUAUUGAGCACGUUAGUAUUUUUUACUGUUGGAUAAAGAGAGACUACCUGGUUGGCGUAUUUGUGCUGUAUGCGCGGUACGGUAGCGUUCUAAUGUUCUGGGUUCGAAUCCCGAGUCAGUGAAAGUUAUAUUUGGGUUUUU